CAUGUCCCUCCCUCCUCACAGCCGCUUGUCCCGCUGGAGUGGAAGAACAUCCCGGAGAAACUUUCCUGGGCACAGCCGAGGGAAGGAAAGAAGAGCUGGCUGGAGCUAAACCCGGAGCGGAGAGCUAACGCGGGGUGCCUGCAGGACUUCCCCCGCCAUGGUGCCCUGGGCAACGUUGCUCCUGUUGGGGCUGUUGUUCUCCUGCUGCUGUUUGGGCCACAGCAGCCUGACGGGAGCGCCCCGUGUCUACCUCACCUACAAAGAAUUGUUGGAGACCCGCACUGCUCGCCCUUUCAGCUUCAACUUUAACACAAGUGAUUAUCGUAUCUUGUUGGUGGACCAAGACCAGGAACGUCUCUACCUGGGGGCACGAGAUUUCCUGGUGGCCUUGGAUCUUCACAACAUCAACAAGGAGCCACUAAUUAUCCAUUGGCCAGCGUUACCAAACCAGGAGAAUGAGUGUCGCCUGGCAGGGAAAGGGCAGAGAGGUGAAUGUUUCAACUACAUACGGCUUAUGGAGCCCUUGAACCGUACUCAUCUCUAUGCGUGUGGAACAGGGGCUUAUCAUCCAGUCUGCAUCCUUAUCAACCGUGGUUGGCGCUCUGAAGAAUACCUGUUCCGCAUGGUGCCUCAUUCACUGGAACCAGGCAAGGGGAAAUGUCCUUAUGACCCCCGGCAGCCCAGCAUGGCUGUGCUUAUCAAUAACACACUGUAUGCUGGAGUCCACGUGGAUUUCAUGGGCACCGAUGCUGCCUUGUUUCGAACCAUGGGGCCGCGCCCAGCUAUACGCACUGAGCAACAUGAUUCCCGCUGGCUCUAUGACCCUGUUUUCCUCCAAGCCCAUGUCAUUCCUGACAGCUCCGACCACAAUGAUGACAAGCUCUACUUCUUUUUCCGUGAAAAAGCGCUGGAGGGUGCCGUGGGGCCUGCCGUACUCGCUCGGGUGGGACGGGUGUGCCUGAAUGACGACGGGGGACAGCGUUCCUUGUUGAACAAGUGGACGACAUUCCUUAAAGCUCGGCUUGUGUGCUCUGUGAUCGGAGAGGAUGGCGUGGAGACUUUCUUUGAUGAGCUGCGUGACGUUUUCCUUUUGCCGACUCAGGAUGAGAAGCAUCCCUUGCUGUAUGGGGUCUUCUCCACACUGGGGUCAGUGUUCCGUGGCUCGGCCGUCUGUGUUUACUCCAUGGCUGACAUCCGCACUGUAUUCAAUGGGCCCUUUGCCCACAAGGAAGGACACAACUACCAGUGGGGACCAUACACAGGACGUGUGCCCUACCCUCGCCCUGGAGCCUGCCCUGGAGGAACUUUCACCCCAGGCCUUCGCUCCACACGUGAGUUUUCUGAUGAACUGGUAACCUUUGUGCGGGCCCAUCCUCUGAUGUUCCAUGCAGUGUACCCCUUGCAGCGCCGUCCUCUCCUGGUGAGGACCAAUGUCCCCUAUAGUUUCACCACCUUGGCUGUGGAUCUCGUGGAUGCGGUAGAUGGGCGCUACGAGGUGCUCUUCCUUGGCACAGACCAAGGUACAGUGCAGAAAGUGAUUGUAUUGCCCAAGGAACAAGGGAUCUUGGAAGAACUGACUCUGGAGGAAGUUGAGGUGUUCAGGGUACCAGCUCCAGUGAAGACACUGUGGAUAUCCUCAAAGCGACAACAGCUGUAUGUCUCCUCUGACAUGGGCGUUUCCCAGUUGAGCCUGCAUCGAUGCCGGGAGUAUGGUGAAGCCUGUGCUGACUGCUGUCUGGCCCGGGACCCUUAUUGUGCAUGGGAUGGGCAACGUUGUGCCCGCUACAGUCACACAGCCAAAAGUUGCUGUGUGGGAAAGAAAGUGGGAAACGAAGGAAGUAAGUUUGAUCUCUCGUCUCUGACCAGGAGGAGCCGUCGCCAGGACAUCAAGCACGGGGAUCCCUUGAGGCAGUGCCGUGGCUUUAAUGCCAAGGCAGAACAGCAAUUAAGUGAACAGAUUCAAUAUGGACUAGAAGGAGGAAGUGUAUUUCUGGAGUGUGAACCCCGAUCUCCCCACGCGACCAUCAAGUGGCUUAUGCAAAUAGAUGAGUCUACCAAACGUAAAGUGUUGCCCCGGGAUCGUGUAUUGCUUCAAACACCUCAGGGUGUGCUUUUAGGCCCAAUGAUGCCUUCUGACAGUGGCCUCUACCAGUGCAUAGGCAUUGAGAAUCGCUUUCGCCACACACUGCGGCGACUUCGUCUGCAUGUCCUUCCACGUGCUUUGCUGGAGGGGGCCAUCACCUCUGAAGAGGUACCUUCCCUGGGUAUUUGCGAGAGCUACUGGCAACAGUUCAACAGAGCUCAAGUCAUCCAGCAUAGCCAGAGUGGCCACCAGUCCCAUACUGGACCUAGCCUGUGGGGUUCUGAACAGCAGUCCAACUGGUACAGAGCUGCUCAGCAGCAUUCAUUGAACUGGACCACCAAUAGCCCCCACCACUCCCAAAGCAGCAGCGGCAGCAGCCGCCGUCGCCAUCACCAUCGUCACCACCACCACCGCUCCAAGCCAUGGGCAGGGCACCGAACUCCACCACGAAGCUGAGCUGGGUGGAAGACAGUGGGCAGGGAGAGGCUUUAACCUAAUCUUUGGUGCAAGAGAAUGACAUUCCAGUAGACUCUUUGUAAGAGCUGAGCGGAUCCAGAGAUGGGGAAAAACCUCUUUGCUUCCUCCAGAUUGCGGGGACAACACUAUUGCUAACAAAGUGUGUGAUGUGGUGUGUCCAGGCUAAUUCCAGGGUUUUGCAGGACCAGGGCUCACUGGCUUUCCUGAAAUGGUAAGGUGACCAGUGCUAAUUGCAAAGGCUUUGGCUUUAGGAUUCAUUUUUUUACAGUAUUCAUUCCCAACCCCAUCUUCUCACAUCAUAGAAGGAAAACUGGGGCUUCCUUCAACAUUUACACCAUCAUUUUAUUAACCCUAUGCUGCAGAAGCAUGUAGCAGAAAAUAAAAUACCAGUUUAUUUUCUAAACGAAAUGGAAAAGGGCCAUUGUGAAUUUGUGAAAGGAAGAACAUUUCCAUGCACAGUGAGCCCAAUGUUACAAGUAGUUUUAAGAUCCAGCCUUGUUAGAAUCAAGCCCUACCGUGAACUGAUCAAGAGCAAUGUUAGCAAAGAAUUUAGUGGUUUAUUCUGAGUACUGCCUACAGCACAGGUAUUAAACUGAACCCUUGCUUCAAUGGAAGUACUCACAUUGUUCCUGUUUUUGUUCAGCCUGUAACCAAAUAAGGAAAUACAGAAAAUGGGCUUGGUGAUUCAGUGGGCACACAAACACCAGUCUGUAUACGUAUCAACUGCUUUUCAGUCAAAAUAUGCAGCAGGCUUUAACACGUUACAGAUGCUAGUUCAGUAUUACAGUUGCAGCUUCUCUGGAGGAAGUCUUUAGGUUUAUGGCAGAAAGACAUGUACUUGUGCCUUUAUUUGCUAUCCCCCCACCUUUCUGGUAAUUGAAACAGAAACAGUUAAGAAGCCUGCAGAUUAUCUGAAAACAAUGAUUAAUUAUGCUGUUCCAGAACAAGAACAAACAGAUUCUGUAUUAGAUCAAACCAAGCUCCAUCUACAGUUGGUCCAUACUGUGGACCAUCACCCCCACCUGUAAUACACAUUUAAAUUUCAUUUACUUUGCACUGUCCAUAGGUCUUACCAGCUUUGUUCUUGAAGAAUGUAUGUAAUAAAAAGCCACUGGAUUCUGGGGGAGGGGGGAAGAAGGGGGCUUAUCACCAUGGCUCCUGGAAUGAAUUCCAGAGUAUGUGAUUAUGAGAAACUCUUUUGAAGCUCUUUUCCAGGCUGGUUGGGAUUUCAGAAUCUAGAUCCAGGGUCAACUUGGCUAUUCCCUAUUUAUUUCUGCUAUACCUCAUUUCUUAAAUUUAACCGAGCAAUUUGGUGCCAUUACUUGCAUUUUUCCUAGUUUUAUAGCUAGAUAUUGAGGCAUGGGAAGAUAUACCCUCUCAUCUGAUAUAAGCUUUGGUAUGAGAUUUUUGUGAAAAGCAUCUGAAAAGUUCAAGUACACAACGAUCUUUCGAUGAUCACUAAUUUCACAUUCGAGACACAGAAUUCUAAGAUUUUUCUCUUACAGAAUCCAUGCUAGUUCUUCCUCGGCUUGUCCAAGGUGUAUUCAACUACCUUCAGCAUAAUAAUGCUUUCUACAAAUAUACAGAAAAUGCUUUUUUUUUUUUUUUUUAUAAGUCAUACAUUUUAGCUCAAACUUUUAUAUUAAAAUUAAGAAAUCUUGGUUAAAUAAUAUGCAGCCCAGUUGAUAUUAACAGUUUCUCCUUCAAUUAUCAUCAGCCCUCUGAUAAUUUCUGCUUAGCAUAUCUUUGAAGGUGCAUUCUCCAAGAAAGAUUAAGUUCAUCCGGAAUGAGAACUGACAGAAUUCAUGAUCUUCUCACUUGCCUUAUCAUAUUUCUGCAUUUUUGUCUUCACCUACCGGUCUUACUACUUCUCUGGGUGUUUUUUUGUUUCUGAAGUAUUUCAGGAAAUUUUAUUACUUGUUCAAUGAUCUGAACAAUUUGUUCCUAAUAUUCUUUCUUAGGUUUUUGUCAUUGGCAAUAUAUUAUUUUUGCAAGAAUAAUUGCAAUUCUCUAACUCUAAUGAUGUGUAUCUAACAAUUGGAGAAAACAAAAUAGAAUUAUCUACAACAACUAUAAGUAAUGUGAAAGAACCAUUUCACACUACACCUCACUGAGAACCAUGAUACAAAAAUCCAGGCUUUGAAACAAGGAAACAGAUACUCAGGGCUUCUCAUUACUCUAUGGUCAUGCUCCUACAUAGUAGGAAAUUAGAAAACAAGCUACUGACAAUAUGUUGUGUGAAACUCGGCAUGCUCACAACUGCCACCACCAACUCUAACUGACCAGGUCGCCUUUAUCCCAAGAUCCAAAUAAAUUUGUUAACCUCCAAAGUUUAAUAAUAAUAAAAAAUCAUAAUACAAUAAAAUAACACACCCCUCCCUACCCCCAACAUCCCACCCUUCUCUGCUGGAGAAAAUAAA